CCUCCCAAUAGAAAGAAAAGAAAAAAACCUCGUUUUGUUCAUUCCUUUAGCUUUAGCUCUAAUCUUAUCUUCUUCAGAGCUAAACCCACUCAACAAUGCCGACCGAAGACUCGCCGGAAAAUCCAGAAACCGACUCGAAACCUACCGAGGAAUACCAAGACAACAAGGAAGCUGUAGAAGAUGAAGACUUGUUGCUAUCCUCCGAUGACGACGACUCUGACUCGGACGAUUCUUCCUCCGAGUCAGGACAACCAAAACAAGGAGCUGCUGGUGGAGGUGAAGACGAAGCGGAUGAGAAGCCAGAAGACCUUAUUGAGUAUGUCAGGCGAGGUGAAGAUAUUACUAACUUGGAUAAUUCGCCUGAGACGAAUGUGAAGCUGUUUAAAGAUGUGUUGGAUAGUAGGAGAUUGAGGAGGAAGAGAGCUGAGGAGGAUCGACAGUACGAGUAUUAUGAAGACUUGUUUGAUUUUCCUGAGGAUCCGGAGAAUUGGAAGGAGGAAGAUGUUAGGGAGUAUUGGGGUGAUGCUCCGUUGGAGAUGACUAAGCCUGGUUGGGACCCUGAUUGGGCUGAUGAAGAGGAUUGGGAGAUUGUUAGACAGGAGAUUGCUGCUGGGAGAGACCCUCCGAUUGCUCCUUUUUAUGUUCCUUAUAGAAAGCCUUAUCCUGUUAUACCUGAUAAUCAUUAUGAUAUUAAGAAUCCUAAAGCUGUGAUUGAAGAGUUGGAUAGGAUUGAGGAGUUUCUCACUUGGGUUAGCUACAUUUUCCCUGAUGGAAGCUCGUAUGAGGGCACUGUUUGGGAUGAUUUGGCUCAUGGCAAAGGUGUUUAUCUUGCUGAACAGGGAUUGGUCAGAUAUGAAGGUGAAUGGCUUCAAAAUAACAUGGAGGGUCAUGGCGUUGUGGAAGUUGAUAUCCCUGACAUAGAACCUAUGCCAGGUUCCAAGCUUGAAGCACAAAUGCGUGCUGAAGGGAAAAUAAUAGCAAGAGAUUAUAUGUCCCAAGAAGAUAGAGAAUGGUUGGAGAUGGAUAUAGAAGACAGUGUUGCUUUGGCGGGAGAUAGCUACGAGAUACCUUUCUAUGAGAGGGACGAGUGGAUCAAUGUAUUUGGGCAGAAGCCGGAGAAAGGUAGGUAUCGAUAUGCUGGUCAGUGGAAACACAGCAGAAUGCAUGGAUGUGGUGUAUAUGAAAUCAAUGAGCGCACUGUCUUUGGUAGGUUCUACUUUGGGCAACUACUGGAGGAUGAUUAUGGCUGUGAUGCAGAUAUAUCAGCGAUGCAUGCUGGUAUAGCAGAAGUAGCUGCUGCUAAGGCUCGGAUGUUUGUAAACAAGCCUGAUGGAAUGGUUAGGGAAGAGAGAGGUCCAUACAGUGAUCCCCAACAUCCUUAUUUUUAUGAGGACGAAGAUGUGUGGAUGGCGCCAGGCUUUAUAAACCAAUUCUAUGAAGUCCCUGAUUAUUGGAAAACAUAUGUGCAUGAAGUGGAUAAGGAAAGAGAAAUGUGGUUAAACUCCUUUUAUAAAGCUCCAUUGAGAUUGCCUAUGCCUGCUGAGCUUGAGUACUGGUGGGCACAAGAUGAUACUCCUGAAUUCGUUGUGGUUAACCCCAACCCCAAGGAUCAAGAGUCUAAUCCUGAAGAUCCAUCUGAUCUUGGGAGAACUGAAGAUCCCCUAAUCUUACACACACCAACUGGACGUUUAAUCAAUUAUGUUGAGGACAAGGAACACGGAGUCCGUUUAUUUUGGCAGCCAGAAGAUGGGGAAGUGGACCCUAAUAAGGUUGAGUUUCUACCCUAUGGUUUUGAUGAGUUUUAUGGAAGAGAGACUGGUGUGAAGAAGGAAGGUCCUUUGGCUCGUUUUAUGUCUGGAAUUGGAAACACUUUCAAGCCAAUUUUCGAUAAAGUAGAGAAAUGGGCUGAAGAGCAGAAACAAACUAGUGAGUUGGAAGUUGAGGUGAUUAAAAAAGAAAUGGAUCUGAUUGAUGCUGAAUUGUUUCUGGAAGAAGCUAUAGAGGACAUGGAGGAUGAACUGAAGCAGAGGGAAAAAGAAGAGGAAAAGGGGGAAAUGGCUUCAGAGGAGACAGAAGAUACUACACCAUCAGCUAAACAAGAUGGGAAGGUUUUAGUCGAAGAAGAGGAAGAGGAAGAUGAAGAUGAUGAAGAUGGUGACGAUGAUGAGGACGAUGAUGCUCCAUCGAGUUUUGGUUCUGCUAAUAUUGAUCAGGGCCCAAGUAAGAAUGACCCAAAGGGAAGCAAACCGAGGCCAUCUCCCUUUUCGGCAUCUUCAUUGUCAUUUGCUACUAGUAGCAUUGUUUCAGGAGUCCCAUCAAUGUUGCAACAAUCAUUUUUCUCAUGGAAGAAGAAUAGAUCAACCACUAAGGCAACUCUCCCAUCAUGCACUGACAAACCCGUUGCCUUGUCUCAGCGAGUGGAUUCAGUUAGGUUUCAUCAAGUGCUCGACACCAAAGAAAAGUUAACCCGAAAAAGCCAAGCCAUCGUACUUAGAGCAAAGAACCCCCCGAAUGGAAGAAUACGUCGGUUACAUUCCUUGAACUCACACCCUUCAGCUAAUAUGAAGCCGAAGAGAAAAACGGAACAGGAAAGGAGAAGAAGUGGGCUGCAACCAGAGAGUGAAUUAGACAAUAUAUUGUCUUUACACUCACCUGUUCCAUAUUUGGAGCAUCUCAAAGAAACUGAAUAUGGUAAGCCUUUAUCUAUGUCUCUCAUUGACAAUAUUAUAUGAGAACUUGUUAAUUUUGGAAGCUGUUCAAUUUUGUAAUGCUACCUUAUUUAUAGGCCCUCAGUCCAAAAAAUUAAAUGUAGUUCUGAUUUCCUUGAUUAUGGAUUCAAUUCAAAAUCCAUAAAAUGGAAAUGAUUUGAGUUUCUCAUUAUAUCAUUCUUCUUUUGUUAUGUUCAAGAACAAAAACAUAAAAUAAAUGUAACUUCUUUGUCUA